GUCGUCAUUGAAGUUGCACAUCACACGCACGUUACUCAUGUAAUUGUGGCAUUUUUAAUUAUCUAUUAUCGGUAUUGUUAAUUUAAUAUGGAAAUGAAACAGAAUUGUUGUGUUUGCUAGAGAAUUUGCAGUCGUGGUAACGAAUGUUGAUGUUUAAAAUCGAGAAAAUGAUUCCUCUCAAUCUUUUAUGUAAUCCAGCGGUACAAUUCAAAUCUCUUUUCAUUUAAACAUUGGUACAUCGUAAUGAUUGCAUCGUCGAAUGCUGGUGCUGAAAAAGAAAUUGAAGAUCCCGUUGAGCAGAUGUUAAAGAAAACCGGUUGCAUAGAAUUACACUAUCAAGUCCAAGAGUGCAUAGCAGAACAUCAGGAUUGGAGAAAGUGUCAAAAUGAAGUAAAAAAGUUUAAGGAAUGCAUGGAUAAACACACAAAGCAGCAAGAACAAAGACAUUAAUAGUGCUUUGAUUG